CCCAGCCUUAGACUGAAGUCCAUCAACCGCACACUUACCGAACAAGUGCACUUCCUCAUACAUGUGCACUUACUGCCACUCUGCUUCUACAAACAGUGAGAGUGAAUCCACGAGCUGCACGCUGUGGGAGAAAGGAACCGGGUAGCCUGGUGUUUAUUCUUUAAGUUAUGAUUAGGACUUUAAUGAUCUCUGAUUUUUAGUGGAUAUUCAAACAUCUCUGGGAUCUGAAGGACAAAUGGACAGGACAUCCCAGCAGCCUCAGAGUUUGGAGCAGCAGCUGUCUCCGAACACCAGGAGGAGUUUCAGCUUCUCGUCUCUCCGUAUCAAAAAGAGAAAAGACAGUUCUGAUGAGGGAGGAUUCCCACAGAGGAGAGGGCUGAAGUCUUUUUCAUCCGUACGAGAGGGAUCAAGAAAAGAGCCAGUCCCCGAUGAAGAUGGCCCCUCACAGCUGUUCAAGGCUCGGGAGCAGCUGAAGAGGACAGGCGAGCAGCCCAAAGGUCACCUCAUCUCUGAUGUCACUGAAAAACCCCCCCUCCCCUCUGGUGAAGAUGAAGGUGAACGACAGGGGGCGCUCAAGAGGUUCAGCGCCAUGUGGUCGUCGUUCCGCAGAGGGAAAAGAGACAAGGUCAAAGACCCGGAGCCCGAGGAGCAGCCGGGCCCCACGGUGGAGGACAAAACCUCCCGGCAGCACAAAUACGUCAGCGGUCAGUACUUCUUCGAGUAUCUGGUCGUGGUCAGCCUCAAGAAGACCAAAGACGGCAGCAGCUACGAACCUCAGAUCACCUACCAGUUCCCCAAGAAAGACGGGAUGGCGAGAUAUCAGAAGGAGGAAGAGGAGAAGACGCUGAAGGCGAUCACUCUCUUUUGUUUCCCAGAGGGCAUCAACUGGGCUCCUCUGACAGAAUACCACAGUGAGACGUUCUCCUUCGUUCUGACCGAGAUCGACGGCAGCAGAAGAAACGGAUACUGCAGGAGGUUACUGCCUGGAGGGAAAGGAGCUCGACCUCCUGAGGCGUACUGCAUCAUCAGCUCGCUCGCUUGUUUCGGCCUCUUCUCCAAAAUAUUCGACGAGGUGGAGAAGCGGCGGCAGAUCUCCAUGGCCAUGAUCUACCCAUUCAUGCAGAAGCUGAGGGAGGCUUCAUUCCCAGCUCCGGGAAACACUGUGGAGAUUAAGAGCUUCAUUCCUGAGUCGGGCACUGAGAUCAUCAGUCUGACUCGGCCGUUGGACUCCUGGCUAGAACACGUGAACUUCGGUGUUUUGUUCGGCUGUCUGACGGACGAGGAGGUGCUGCUCGUGUUCGCCUCCGCCGUCCUGGAGAGACGAAUCGUCUUCAUAGCCGAUGAACUCGGCACGUUAUCUCAGAUCAUUCACGCUGUGGCCGCGCUGCUCUACCCGUUCACCUGGCAGCACACGCUCAUCUCCAUCGUACCCGAGAUCCUCAUCGACGUGGUGAUGGCUCCCACGCCCUACCUGCUGGGGGUCCAGAAACACCUGCUGGACCUGGUCAUAGACCAGGGCGACCUGCUCGUGGUUGACCUGUCCGAGGACAAAAAGCAGACCUUCAUCGAGUCGAUCGGAGAUGAAAGCUCGAUUCUGCCUCCGAAGCUCCAAGCUGAAAUCAUGGAGGCUCUAAGCAAAAGACAGAAAGCGUCGACGGUGGAGGAGCUGAACCGGGUGGUGUCGGAAGCCUUCCUGCAUUUCUUUGUGAGGACAGUCGGCCAUUACGCCCCGUAUGUGAAAUACGGCCGCUCGGGGGAGCCGGGGGUGUUUGAGAAGAGAAGUUUCUACAAGGCCAUCGAGUCCAAAACCACCCGACACUUUGUCAAGAAGUUCCUCCAGACGCAGAUGUUUGACCUUUUUAUCCAGGAGGUGGAGCAGCAGCAGCGUGGACCACAGCAAGGAAUAUUUCACAAAAAGAUCGUUGAGUACCAGGAGAAGAAGAAACGGGAGAAGGCGAGGAAACACUAGCUGUGUGUGUGAAUGUGUGUGUGUGUGUGUGUGUGUGUGUGUGUGUGUGUGUUUGUGUAUAUAUAGAGGAGUACAUAGGAGACGAUGGGAAUGUUGCACUGUGUGUGUUUUUAUGUCCUGUGUUGGUUUAAAAUAAUUAAUGUGUGAAUUACUGUACGGCUAUGUUGCUGCUACUCUGUGAAACACUGGCAGAACGAGAGACUUCAGCUCCACCUGUAGGCCGCAGUCUGUCGUUGACGAGCUGGAAAUCAUUUCAAAUAAAAGACUAGUUUUUUAAGUCA